AUGCAACCAAUUGGCGAGCCAGUAGUGUGUGAACAUCCCAGUGAAAAUCUAGUGGACAAUUUAAAGUCUGAAAUUAACGUUCAUGUUGAUGAUCACAUUUAUUGGUUCAAAAUAGAGAAUUUUGAAACGGGUUUUUAUUUAACCAACUCGGGAUGCCAUUCUUUUGUAUGUUUAAAUCGGUAUGGUAUAAUCGUAGUACAAAAAGGACUAAUUAAACCAAUAGCUUGGGAGAUUAGAGAUCAAAGUCUUCAAUUCGAUUCUCGAUACAGACAAUUGCUAGCUUUCUACCUUCUCCCACAAAAGGCUUCUUUCCAGCGUGAAGGGAAUAAUAUUAAAAGGAAAUCUCCUCUAAAUGGACCUAACUGCAAAAUUGAAAUUAAAUUUAGCGGUAAAGACUACAGGAUUUUAAUAAACGAGAAAAAGAUAACAGCUGAGGAAAUUGCCAUGCAUUCACGAAAUGCAGAAAUCCGUGAAUACAUUACUAUUACCUUCAUUGCUGUGAAUAUUAUUUUGCUUGUUAGCGUUGUUGGUGUUCUCUGUUGGUAUUGUUUUUGUAGGAAAGAAGGGAAUAAUGAAGGGAAGAAAUAA